CACUGUUUAAAUCAAACACUGUUUAUAUCAAACACCAUUCAUAUCAAACACUGUUCAUAUCAAACACUGUUUAAAUCAAACACUGUUCAUAUCAAACACUGUUCAUAUCAAACACUGUUUAAAUCAAACACUGUUCAUAUCAAACACUGUUUAAAUCAAACACUGUUUAAAUCAAACACUGUUUAUAUCAAACACCAUUCAUAUCAAACACUGUUCAUAUCAAACACUGUUUAA